AUGACAGCUUUUGCACAAGAACUUAAGUUACACAUAAUUUCGAUUGGCUCUGAUGGUGCACAAGUUGAAUUUAAUGCGCAAACCCAAGUUCAACAAAUAUCAACUCCCAGUAGACUUAGAAUAAGUUACGCACCAUACAAUAUUGAUUUUAAUUGUCCAAUUUUUCCAAAUGUCAGACCAGUAAUACGAAUCCAGGAUCCCAAACAUGCAAAGAAAAUGGGACAUAAUGCAGCAAUGUCAGGUGCACGGGUUCUUACACUUAAUCGUUCUACUGUGGGAUUUGGACAUUUUGCGAAAUUGCUCAUUCACUCUGAAAGUCCUAUGUAUAAAAGUGACAUAUAUAAACUUGAUCGACAAGACGAUGGCGCUGCUUAUCAAAUUUUCUGUCCUAAAAAUCUGAUGUGUUGUCUCGAUUCUAAUAAUGAAAUUAAACCUGAAUUUGAAGGAACAUUUAUAUAUUUAUUUAUAAUUGGCGAAUUAGUUGACAGUUAUUUGAAUCGAAAUAUUACCCCUAUUGAACGAAUAAGAAUGUGUGAGCAUUUUUUUGAUGCAGCACGACAGAUUAAUGUUGAUUUUGACUUCACAGAGUUGUUAGAAAUGGUACUGAAAAUAGGUCACUAUACAAAAGCAUUAAACUCAAAGGAAAUAUCUUUUAAUAAAGAUAAAUCUGUGUGUGAAGGGUACCAAUUCGAAUAUAAUCAAAAUUUUAUCGAAAAUGAUCAAAUUAAUCUGUUACGAACCUGGCCAGAUGAUGAUCAAAUUCAUCGUAUAUUUGAUCAAUCACGUCAAAUAGCAUGCAAUAUUGCCGAAUAUUUGGGAAUGUUAACACUUGACAUUGUACCUAUUAAUUCAUUUUGGCCAUAUGUCUUAAUAACUUCUAAUGAUAUGGAAAUUUCUGGUUCAAAUGAUGAAAAUAUGCAGGAUAGUGAGAAUUCGAAUAAAAAUCUAUUAAAUAGUAGCCUUUCUCAAGUAAUUAGUCAUGCUGUUAAAGAAGUGGACCUUUUAAGACAGAGAGAAAAUGAAAGAAAUGAAAUGAAUAUAGAUGAAGAAAAUAGAAACUCAUCUUUAAAUGAAUGUAGAAAACAACUUUCUUUUAUUGAUUUAGAAGAAACAGAAAAUACAAUCAGCACAGAUUUCGAUGAUAUGAUAUUUGUUACUAAAAAUAGAAUUGAUUUUCAAGAAAUGAUUUAUCGACGUGAAAAGCAUAAUGCAUAUACUUCUCGUAAUAUUGAACGGACAAUCAAGACAAAUAAUACAAGAAUAAUCAAUUCAACUUCAAUUAAUCCUAAUCAAGCAAAUCAUAUUGUUUCAUUUUUUACUAAAAAUGAAAAUGCUGAAAUGCGUCAAUCUAUUGCCAAUUUUUACGAAAAAGAACAAUCAAAUAAACGGCAAAAAAUUUUAUCUAGUAAUCGAAAUUUAAUUAAAAAUAUAGAAUUUGCAAAUAUUAAUCAGGACAAUCCUCUUAAUGAACAAGAUUAUGUUAUAGCUUAUUAUGGAAUACAACUUUGUAUUGGACAAGUAAUUUCUAGUUUUUACGAAGCAUAUAGAUAUCAUUUUUAUAAUCAGGAACCAAUUACAGAUAUUGAAAAUAUAUCAUAUUUAACUCUAAAAGUUUUUACUCCUAUUCGCAAUAUUUUUUCAGCUGAGAUUGAAGGAGGUCAUAUUUUAAUUACACAUCAGUGUCCAAAAAAUGUUCUUUAUCAUUUAGAUAUGCAGGAUAUACAGAUAUUUGACAAUACUCUUCAAUUAUUAGAUAAAGCAAAAGCUUGCUACAAUUUUUUUAAAAAAGAAGAAAUAAUUUGUAUAAUUACACAAAACUGA